GUGCAUAGGAUUGACGACCGAAAAAAGUCAAUCACUCUGUUCAAGUAUGAAUACAUAGUGCCCCAAACUUUAAAAUAUAACAAUAAUAAGAAUAACGGGUGGAAAUACCUGAUAACAUUGAUGAAAAGCACUCCAGAAGCCUUGGGAUGGGUCGAACCAUCAUUAAAAUUCGGCAGUGAAACUGUAAAUCUGGUUGGAACUAUUGGUGUGAGUAGAACUAGUAUUGUAUAUGAGGGAAAGCAUAAUAAUAAAUCUGUAGCCAUUAAAAUCGCAAGAAAGGUGGAAUAUCUACAUUGUUUUGAAAGGGAAAGAAAUGCAUUGGUUCUUUUGUCAGAACUUAAAUCACUUCAUAUUGUAAAGAUCCUAUUUUACAAUGAAGACGCGCUUGUUAUGACUCCACGUGGUGAGAAGGUUAAUAAUUUACAAAAGAAAGAUAUCAAAGAUAUCAUUACAACCCUCAAAGGUGUUCAUUCACUUAAAAUUAUAUAUAGAGAUCUUAGGAAAUAUAACUUUCUUCGUGAUUCAGAUGGAAAUAUUCUUAUUAUUAAUUGGGGGUAUAGUACUUUUAAUAUUGAAGAUACUGAAUUUGCAGGUGCACCAUCAUUGAACAGGCCUUCCUUUGAUAAAAAUGAUAAUAUUAAAAAACGAGCAAAGAGAUUGUUAGAAUUCUGGUGUAUUCAUGGAAAAUCAGAUGUAUGGGAUAGUAUUUAUAAUGCGAUAGAGUCAUUAGACUACAAAAUGUUAAUUCAAGAACUUGAGAGGGUUUUUUAA